CCCACCCGCCGGAGAGGCUCCAUGGGGCAGGCUCUGGGGCUGCCAGCCCCUCAGAACCUGAGUUGCGUUUCCUACAAAGACCCCAGCGUGAGGGGGGGGCUGGACGGGGCAGGGGGGGGACGCGAGGCUGGCACCGUCCGGUGCCCCCCCCGGCAGUGCUGCAUCGGGAUCUGGAACCAGAGCCAUGCGCUGGUGCAGGGCUGCUGGGGGAGCGGGGGGGUCGCCUGCCCCUCUGCCAACUGCACCCCCAGCCCCGCGGGGCCCCCCGGAGGGCCCCUCCUGGUGUGUCUGUGCCAUGGGCACCUCUGCAACGGCAUCGCCCCCGCGGGGGGGGGGCACCGCCACGGCCCGGUGCCCGGCCCCGUGGGCACCUCCUGGUUGGGAGGCGCUGCGCCUCCCCUCCUGCUCCUCCUCCUCCUCUUCCUCCUCACCUGCCUGGCAGCUCUCGGGCUACGACGGGUGAGGAACCCCCCAGGGCGACCCCUCCGGAGGGGUCAGACGGCACCCCCAGAACCCCCGAGCCCGGAGCUGGCAGCGCUGCGCUUCCUGCAGGUGCUGCAGGCUGGGCGCUUCUCGGCGGUGUGGCAGGGCACGCUGCGGCGGCAGCCGGUGGCCAUCAAGGCGUUCGCGGCCGGCGGCGCUCGGCGGUUCGCGGCGGAGCGAGCGGUGCUGGAGCUGCCGCUGAUGGAGCACCGCAACGUGGCCAAGCUGCUCCGCACCGCCCGCGCCGGCGGGCACCGUGCCCGCGGGGGGCUCCUGGUGCUGCAGCUCUACCCUGCCGGCUCCCUACGACACUUCCUGGCACAGCAUGUGGGCACCUGGGCUGGCAGCGUGCGCCUGGCACUGUCCCUUGCCCGCGGCCUCGCCUUCCUGCACCAGGAGCUCUGGCGGGACGGCCUGUACAAGCCCAGCGUGGCGCACCGGGACCUGAGCAGCCAGAACGUGCUGGUGCGGGAGGAUGGCACCUGUGCCAUCGGCGACUUCGGGCUGGCGCUGGCACUGCCGCCAGGGUGCCAGGCUGGCAGCGGCGUCUGCAUCCGCAAGGCGGGCACCCAGCGGUACCUGGCCCCGGAGAUCCUGGACGAGAGCCUAGACCUGCGGGCGUGGGGCCGGGCGCUGCGCCAGGCUGACGUCUAUGCUCUGGCACUGCUCCUCUGGGAGAUCCUCUCGCGCUGCCAGGCUCUCAGCCCCGAAGCACCCGUGCCCACCUUCCGGCUGGCAUACGAGGCAGAGCUGGGUGCCAGCCCCACGGGUGCCCAGCUCCGGCGCUUGGCCGUGGAGGAACGACGUCGACCUCUCAUCCCCCCAGCCUGGCACCAUGUCCCUCAGCCCGCGGGGGCUCUGCCGGAGCUGCUGGAAGACUGCUGGGACCCCGACCCCGAGGCUCGGCUCUCUGCAGAGAGAGCUCUCCAGCGGCUUCAGCGCCUGGCCGCCACCCCCCGCCCCGCACCCAGUGGCCUUCUCUUGACCUCUGCAGCCCCUCCGGGGGGUCCCGACCGCCGGGGGGUCCCCCCGGCAGCUGAGCGAGAGGUCAUCCACGGCCGCCAGCGCCCAUCUGGCACUGCCGCUGACCGCUCCUGCCCUGUGCCCACCUGCGUGCCCACCGCCAGCCUGGGCCACCCCUGGCACAGCCACCUGGGCCAGCCUAAGUCCUCCUGUGGCCAACCACCUGCCCGGGAUCACCUGUGCCCACCUGUGCCCACCUGUGCGGCUGUGACUGCUCCUGGGCACCGCCACCCAGCCGCGGCCAUGUGCAACCCAACAGAGCCACCCAGAUCCAUCCGUGCCCCGCUGGAGCCUUCCUGUAGCCAGCCACAGCCAUGUGAGAGCGACGAGGACCCCACCCGAGGCCCUGCGUGCCCACCUACGGCCAGGAGAGCCCAGGCAGGACAGCCUGGAGAGGAGAGGCUCUGAGGUCACCCAGUCCAGGCACCAGCCCAGGGCCACGGUGGCCGCCAGAGCGCAGCCCCAGGGGCCACGGCCGCAGGUCUGCUGACCGCCUCCGGCAUGGGGACUCCAGCACCGACCCGGGCAGCCUGUGCCAGUCUCUGGCACUCCUGCGGCCAAGCUCCCUCUAAUGUCCAACCUAAACCUCCCCCAGGGCACCCUGAGGCCACCUCCUCCUGUCCCACCCCUCAGAGCAGAGAUCUGAACCCACACCCGGCUCAGCAGCCUCCGGGCAGGGAGCUGCAGAGAGCCGCAAGGCCUCUGCCCACCCUCCUCUUCCCCAGGCCGAACGCUCCUGAGCCCUUCCCCAGCCUUGUUGCCCUUCUCAGCGCCUCUGGCCGCAGGUCUCCCCCCCUAGAACAGCACCGAGAAGGCAGCGACAGCCGCGGCCGGGACCGGGGCAGGCAGGGCCGAGAGGGCCCGGGGCGGGGGCAGCCCUCUUGGGCUGCACAGCGAGGAAGUGACGUCACUGCGCUGGCCACACGCCCGGGCACGAGGCAUGGCGGACAGGAAGCUGCCUGCAAGUGGACUCCAAAUCCCGGCAUGCCUCGGGGCAAGCAACAUGGCAGCCAGGAAGUGACGACACGCCCCGGGUGGGGCACGUGGCCACCCGGAAGUUUCCUGCGCGGGACUGCAGCUCCCGGCAUGCUUCGGGCCAAGCGCCGUGGCGGGCAGGAUGUGACGUCACACAGGACUCCGACUUCCGCCGGGCCGGUGGGUCCCAAUUCGGGUACAGCGGAGCCGAGGGGGCGGGACGGGGCCUGCCCCCCCUUGCCCUCAUCCCGUCGUGCGGAUCCCUCUCCGCCCUCCCUCUCCAGGCGCCCCAGGGCCGCCGCUUCCAGACACUCAUCCCUAACCCUGUACCAGCAGAUGGCAGAGGAUGACCGCGGGUAGAGGCAGAGGAGCUGGUGGCGUGCGGCUGCCCUCUCGUUCCCUUCCCAGCCCAAAUCCUGCCUCCCCUCCCCCUUUCCCUGGAGGAAAAGCUCUUCUUUUGCUGGAGGGUGUCCUGUGGGUGUUCAGCAAGGAGAGGAAAAUCUACCUGGAUUCCAGCGCAAGCCUUUGGAGGGCAAAUCCCAAAGGAGAAAGGGAAGCUGCUGGGAUUUUUUCCCCUCCCCCCUCCAUUUAACACAAAAUGUGAGAAACUGAGGUGUAAAAUAAACUCUGCCCCCCCCCCAAA